CCAAGCUGAGGGAACAGAGAAUCUCAAUGGUUCAGAGUGUUGAUCAGUACAAGUUCUGUUACGACAUGUUGAAGAGCUUUAUGGAGAUUUGAAAAUGUCCGCGAUUUUGUGUUGGUGGACAUUAAAGUUCGGGUGACAUUAAGUUAAAGGACGUUAAGGCGAAAUGACACAAUGUUGGGACAUUAUGCUGGAGACAUCACGCUCGAGACAUUAUGCUGGAGACAUUAUUCUCGGGACAUUACGCUCUAGACAUUGCAUCUUGAAAGGUUUGUUUACAUCCUUCAUCAACAUCAUCAACAUCGCAAACAAACCACACAAACAAGACACGAAAUGACCGUAAAGAGCUCCUUCCGCUUGGCGCUUAACAAGAUCAACUACUGGGACAAGAUCAAAAGGGUGGACAACGCUGAGAGGCUCUUCAACGUUGUAUUCGCCGAGGACAAUGGCCAUUUCAACUUCGUGGCGGUAAACACCAAUUGCUCCGUUGAACUACAUUCGUUCACGAGGUUAAUCACUAGGAGCGAGUUUGUCUCAUUGACUUUCAACACUUUGUACCUCGAUCUGAACAACCGCAAACUAAUCUUUAGACCAAGUAUCAUACCAAGUUAUUCGUUCGAGUUUGACGUUAUAGAUUCGAACAUGAAGAGCUUGGCUCGCGAGUUGAAGGACACACGUGAUACCUUGGGAUUCCUAACCAUUCAAACCAUCCAGCUGGAUCCGUGUCAUUACGAAGCGGGUAAUUACCAUGACACGUUGGACUCGUUACUGUAUCACGAUUAAUAGGUUUAGUAAUAGCACUGAUAACCGUAACAGUCACAUAUAUACACAUAAACAGUGAACACUGCUUGGUUGGGCUAUCAUUAAUUGACUAAUAUCUUUAGACCUCA